AUGAGUCCAUUUGCCAGAGUCCGGGCCAGAGAUCUCGAGCUCCAAACCGGGUUGAUACAGGGAGAUCUCCUAGGCUUUAUCGAGGGCCUCAAUGAAGCCUUCUUAGCCAACCCCGCUCUCCAAGCGACCAAUAAAAUCGGUAUGCUUGUCGGAUUUGUUCCACUAGCAGUGGCGCAGAUAGUCGGAGGUGGACUUCAGGUCGCCGCAGGCUUAGGCAGUGCGGGUGUCUCGGCUGUACGGACCAAGCAGUAUUUGAAGAAGGCCAAUGAGGUUAUUUUCAAGCCCAAGGGUCUCUUGGUCAGAGUUGUCAAAACUGAUAAGAUGCUUGCACUGGUUGGAGUCCGAGACCCAAAAAUAUUUUCAGGAGAGCAGUAUCGGGUUCUUGUGGGAAGGGAUGGAAGUGAAAGCCAGAGCCCCCUCGCAACUAGGAUGGCAGCCCUGGGUGAUCAAGUAAUGCCGCUGUCCUUUGACACAUUCGCCUCUUCUGUUGACGAGGAAAACUGGAUGAAGAAGUGGGGGGCUUACUCUGCACAAAGGGCCGAGAGAAAGCAACUUGAAAAAUUGCAGAAACAGGAGAGACGGUCUAAUAAAUCUAAAAGGGAAGAAAAGAAGGACAAGAAGAGCCGACGAGAAGAGCGCAAGGUGGAGAACGCGAUCGCUGAGUUGCAAGACGACGUAGACGAUAUCAAGUGCAGAAUGCAGUCAUUGGAUCAAAAACAGCAGAGUCAAGCCAAAACUAAGCGGGACUUGGAGCGAGAGCUGCGGAAGUUGGAGAAGAAGUUGGCCGACCUCAAGGAAAACAGAGAAUAUGAUUUGUCUCAAAAUAGCGACGAAGGAGCAAAACGACAAGCUAGGAGAGACGUGAAAGAAGUGAAAAAGGUCAACAAGCUGCGUUGGAUAGUGAUCAUGUCGGCGAACGCCAGCAUGGGCGAUGAGGAGCACGACCUGGAUUCUGACGACGAAGAGAUGCACUGUGUUUUAUAG